AAAUGCGGAGUGUCUCCGGGCAGAUUAGCAGCGCGCGGGAGGGAGAGUGGCCGUUGGGAUUCGGAUGGGAGGACGCGAGCAGCGCGCGCUGGUCGCUAGUCCUCGCCGUUGUUGACAACAACAGCAGCGGUGGCGGGAGCUUGAGCUCCAGUGGCGGAACCAUGGACAACUUCCAGAAAGUGGAGAAGAUCGGUGAGGGUACCUAUGGAGUGGUCUACAAAGCAAUGAAUAAAGUCACAGGAGAGAUGGUGGCACUGAAAAAAAUAAGACUGGACGCUGAAAUGGAAGGCGUGCCAAGUACUGCUAUACGGGAGAUAUCUUUGUUAAAAGAAUUAAAUCAUCCAAAUAUUGUGAAACUGUUAGAUGUUAUCCACAGUGAAAAGAAAUUGUACCUAGUGUUUGAGUUUCUGAAUCAAGAUCUGAAGAAGUAUAUGGACUCUGCUCCUCCUACUGGACUCCCUUUGCAAUUAGUUAAGAGUUAUCUGUUCCAGCUUCUACAAGGUGUCGCGUUCUGUCACUCUCACAGAGUCCUUCAUCGAGAUCUAAAACCACAAAAUUUGCUUAUUAAUGACGCUGGUGCAAUCAAAUUAGCAGAUUUUGGAUUGGCAAGGGCUUUUGGAGUUCCUGUGCGCACUUAUACCCAUGAGGUCGUAACCUUGUGGUACAGAGCACCAGAAAUUCUAAUGGGAUGUAAAUUUUACUCGACAGCAGUAGAUGUUUGGAGCAUAGGAUGCAUCUUUGCAGAAAUGGUCACAAGAAAACCUUUGUUUCCUGGAGAUUCCGAGAUUGAUCAACUUUUCAGGAUUUUUCGCACACUUGGUACACCAAAUGAGGCUAUGUGGCUUGGGGUAACACAGUUACCUGAUUACAAAGCAAAUUUCCCUCGGUGGGUCAGACAAGAUUUCAACAAGAUACUACCCAAUCUGGACAUAGAUGGCAAAGACCUACUAAUGCAAAUGCUCCAGUAUGAUCCAAACAAGCGGAUUUCUGCAAAGGUUGCUAUAAGUCAUCGAUAUUUCCGUGAUGUCACUAUUCAACUGCCACAUUUACAGCUGUAAAUAUUUGGUUAUUGGAAGAAAAAGGAACCAUCUCAAUUUUCUUGCUUUUAUCACUUUUACAUGAAAGUAUUACUUUCUUAACUAUCCUAAGUUGCAAAGUUGUAUUUGUAGAGUGUUUUGGCAAGAGCCUAGACAAGUCUGUCAUAAAGUUACUAAAAAUUAGUCAUAAAUGCUUGAGAUGACAUGUAAAUACAUGUAUGAUACUAGGUAGGUAGAUUGAUAGGUUUAAUUUCUGUUAUAGAUUAUUAGACAUUCUAUGCAGUUGAAUCUGUUGUUAGAUUUGAAAUCUCAUGUUUGUAAAAAUAUUUUGCAAUAGUACAAGUGAGAGGUAGAUAUUUCACAAAUAUAAAUCGAUAUGCAAUGCAGAAAUUUACUAUAGAGAAGUAUUUUUCACAAUGAUCUCUUGAGAUUUUACAGCAUGUAAUAACUUAAACUUUCUGAGAUUUUUCUUGUUCCCUCAAUAAAGGUAUUUUUAUGGCAAGCUGAGAAUCAUGGUCAUAGACCACAACUUCACAUUGAAAGAUCUGCUCUCAAUCUCAUUGACGUUCAAAUUUGUUUUGCCUUGGGCAUGAACUUGCAUGUAUCUGUAUAGCUCUUUUUUCUGAUCAAAAUCCCUAUAAACCUCCACUGACAAUGAAACUUUUUUUUGUGUUUUACCUGUCAGUUUGCUUUGCGUGGUAUAUGCCCAGUGUUCCUCUGGCCAAUUCAUUUGUGUUGAUAAUUUUCUGAAAGGUCAUUAAGCAGUUCUAACAUCCCUUUCCUCAAAUUUUGGUAGGUCCUGUACAAACUUAAACAUUUCUUUGUGUGACCUUAUACUAUUACUGGGAUUCUCCCCACUGGAGUCCUCAUUAACACUGACAUCACUUUUCAAACUACACAUUUUAGCCUGUAUUCAAGUUUCUUGCUAUACUUUGCAAUUCUAAUUCUUGUUUUCUAAAUUUCAUUAUUUUUAAUUCAAUCUACCCUUCCUUAACUUUUCAGCCCUUUGAAAUUCCAUCUCCAGCUUUUUCAUUUGUUCAUAAUCUUCAAAAUGUUUAAACUGUAACUUAUUUUAACUAAUUCCAUUGCUUCACUGUCCAAAUCAUCCUGGUCUCCCUUCAUUUAUAGUAAACAAUAGUGCUGUGCUAGCCCUUAAAUAUGUCUGUAGUCUUAGUUUUAGCAGGCAAUUCCACUGCCCAGCUUACUUGACAAUUCGAAUAAUCUGGCUUUUGUAAUUUAAUAAUAAAAUGUUGAAGCUGUCUUAGACAAAUGGAUGGUUAAAUGAGUUGAAACAUCAUCUAAUCCCAUACUGAGCCUUAGGUUAGAAAAAUCCUCAGUUUAAUUUGAACUCUAUGUUGCAUUAAGUGAAUUAAACAGAAAUUGUCAUGGGUACAUGCCAGCUGACCUCACAGAUUAUUAGACUUGGGAAAAUAGAUAUCCACAUGGACUUUUUCCUCCCGUUCCCAAUCUGUUGUUCCAAAGUACAUAUGUGGACACUGGUCAAGUACUGGCUUAAAUUUUGUAUGCUCUUGAAAUGAUCAUAUGAAGUCACAUGUAAAAAUAUUUGAUGAUGUGGCAGAGGACUGUUGGUACCUGCAAAAUUGUAGUUGAAAUGAGUUGCUAUGUUUAGCGAAAAGAUAAUGGAAAAAGAUAAAUGGGAAAAAUUAAAUAACAAGCCUGUGAUCUAGGGUAGGCUUUACAAUGAAACCAAUGUUUAGAAAGUGUAUGAAUGGAGUAGUUGGGAUUGCUUCAUCACAUUUUUGUUAUGGUAUCUGAGAGAUUGCUAUUGAAAUCCUGUGUAACAUCUCAACAUGACAUUGCUUUGUUUUUCUUAAUUCAUAGUUUCCCAUUGUGUAUUUUGUUUUUUAAUUUACAAGUUGAGAAAAUUAUUUGGAAUGGUGUUUUACGUGUUGUUUCCUACAAAACAAUUGCUUUUGAUACAAGAAAAGUUUUAAAAAUGCAAGAUAAUGAUUUCAAAACCUGAUUUAUUAACAAACUGUUAUUCAGGUUAUUAAAUAAUAAAACAAAUUGUAAUAGUUUGUGUUCCAUACUGCACCAUGACAGUAUUGUACAAGAAGGAAAGCCUCUUAA